AUGAAAAAUGGGUUAGUAGUGAAAGACAAUGCUUUGAUUAAUGCUAGUUACAACCUAGAAGUAACUGAACAGCGUUUAAUGCUUUUAGCAAUCAUCAAUGCAAGAGAAACAGGAAACGGAAUAACAGCAGACAGUAAGCUACAAAUACAUGCAAGUGACUACAUGAAGCACUUUAAUGUUGAUAAAAAAACAGCUUAUGAAGCCUUAAAAAAUGCGGUUGAUAAUUUAUUCAAUCGUCAAUUUUCAUUUAGAGAGGUUAGGGGAGGUACAGAUUUUAUUGUUAAAUCACGUUGGGUUAGUCGGAUUGCAUACGCUACAAACGAAGCAAUACUAGAAAUCACUUUUGCCCCCGAUGUUGUACCUUUGAUUUUGCGAUUAGAGGAACACUUUACAAGCUAUCAACUAAAACAGGUUACACAGCUCACCAGUAAGUACGCUAUCCGCCUUUACGAGUUGCUUAUAGCGUGGCGUGAAGUCGGUAAAACGCCACAAAUUGAGUUGUCGGAGUUUAGGCAUAAACUUGGCGUUGAAGAUAACGAAUACAAAGACAUGCACAACUUUAAAAAGCGUGUGCUAGAACCGUCAAUUAAACAGAUCAAUGAGCAUACAGACAUCACAGUAACUUACGAACAACAUAAGCGAGGGCGUACUAUUUCAGGCUUUUCAUUC